CGAGUUUUGCUGAACUGGAGAAGAAGGAAGAGCUGCCUUACGUUCUGCAUGGUAGAUCUAACUGUUCACAUAUUGUAGAAGCUGUGGAAGCGAGGGUCAGGGUUAGGGUUUCCUAAAGAGAUGGAAAUUUGUUUUGGAAUUGCAGUGCGGCAGAAAAACUUAUGAACGAUGGUUGACACAAAAUAUGACUUAUGUCUUGACAUGACAGCUCUCAUCAAAAGUGAAAUUGAGGAGAUGAAUGAAGCUUCACAUAACAAUGAACCUCACAUUCUGACAAUGUUAACUGAAUUGAAACAAGAGUUGAAUCUUAACAACAAAAGUGUCAUCAAAAGUGAAAUUGAGGAGGUUGAGGAAGCCCAAUCAACAAAAUAUUCUGAGGUAGAAGAAGCUCAUAAUUUGGCAAUGGUAGCUGGUUUGAAAGAGGACUUUAGUUUUGAAAUAAAAACUGUAAUUAAAAAGGAAACGGAAGAGAGAGUUAAUGCUAGAUUGUUGUCUCCACCAUCUGAAGGAAAUACAAAUAAUGGAAGGUUGCAUAAAAUCAAUGAGCAAAAGAAAGAGGUAAAACAAAAGAAAGGUACACAUAUGAAGACUGCAAAACAAUUGAAAUGUCAGAUAUGCCAAAAAACAUUUUCAAGUAAUUCAUAUUUAAAGACACAUGAAAGGUUACAUAAUGGGGACAACCCAUUUAAGUGCCAACUAUGUCAGAAAGAAUUGUCUUCUCCUUCAAGUCUCAAAAACCACCAGUUUGUUCAUACUGGUGAGAAACUUUUCAGAUGUAAGUCAUGUCAGGAAGACUUUUCCUGCGCUUCACAUUUGAAAAGACAUCAAUUAGUUCAUACUGGUGAAAAGCUAUUCAGAUGUCAAACUUGUCAUAAAUAUUUCUCUAGCUCCUCAAAUCUAAAGACUCACGUGAUGGUUCAUCAGGCAGAAAAGCCGUUCAAAUGUCAACCAUGUAAAAGAGAGUUUUCAUCAGCACAAUACCUAAAAGCCCACCAGCUGCUUCAUACUGGUCAAAAACCUUUCAAAUGUCAGCAUUGUGCAAAAGAAUUCUCUUGCUCAUAUUCCUUGAAACGACAUAACUUAGAUCACACUGGGGAACAGAAAACAGGAAAGCCUGAAGCAUUAAAGGAAGGGAUGCUUUGGCUCCCUAUGUGAAACAUUCAAGGGCAAACUUUGAUUCAUUUAACAGGAAACUUUACCUGGAACCAAUCAUGAUUCAUACAACAGUUUGUAGUCACAGUGCUUCUCAACUUUUGACGCUGCCUCCAAUCCUCACAGAGGAUAAACAGUCUUAACCCUAGAGAGGUCAGGGGGAGCAAACUUCAUAGACAGAGUUCAUACCAAGUGGUUCAAGCUGCAGAAAUGUCUACUGGUAUCUACUGCUUACAAUUCAUCCUGGUACAAAGAAUGCAGGUCACAUAAAGGUGGCAAAGAGACCAACUGGGAAGUAGGAGAAACAUUUGAAAUUCAUCUAACUUACAUGUGAACAUUCACAUGUUGCCAUCAAAAACAAUGCUGGUAAAACACAUUUUUUACGUUACCUUCUUGGGGUUUUGAUCAGCUUCAGAACACAAAACUUGUACAUUAUUUCUUGUUUUCUUUGUUUAAAAGUUAUCAAAAAUGUGUUUCUUUUUGCAGCCCAGAUUUGUCCACGUCUAUAUCUAUCAUAGCCAACAUGUUUCUUCACAUACAAAUUAGAAUGUAAAACUGCACCAACUGCACUCUCUGUCCCAUCAAUAAGUUUGGGGGGAGCAUAUCUUCCUCUCUAACUGAUGAACUCCUUAACUCCUAUAAUACUUUAACCAGAAUCUCUUAAAACAGAUACACCUACCAUUUACUUACACACCAAUCUUGCAACAGUUAAUCAACAGAAUAAAAAUGUUUCUUUCUUACGAGGUUAGAAACACUCAUGACCUCCCACGCUACAGUUACAACAGUUCUGGACAUUGUGAGAAUUAUGUCCUCCCACGCUACAGUUACAACUAUUUAGUCACCUAUAUAUAUGAUGUUCUGAUAUUGUUGGAGUUGUUUCCGUCCAACCACACCUUUUAUAAGGAGAUCACUCCUCUGUAGCAUAACUCUGGUCUCCUAGCGACACUUACACUUGGUCGAUGCAGAUUAAUGGUGAUUGGGUUUGAGUCUGCGGCAGGAAGCAAAUUAAUUAUGGGCAAUCUCUUUUAUUGCAAUUGAAGUUAACAUUGUUAUUUUCUCAAUCACUGGACUAGAAUCUAAAAGACCUCUACUAGCUGCAGCAACAUAUACACUGUCUUCCUUCCUGAACGAUACAUUCACACUCAUACAUUCACACUCGCACCUUAAAACCCUCAGUUACAUCAAGCAUAUCCUCAAGUGUACCUUUCUUGCUUACUAUCAGGUGUGUAUAGACAUCAUCAGGUAUAUUUUCCCAAAUUCUAUCAUUUAUAAACCCAUUUGCUACUGAUGUGCCCGCCACAUCUCCUGUCAUGUCAUGACUUGUAAAGCUCUCGUUUACUUGUUUGAAAGAUGGUGUUAUUUUGAGCUGGCUGGAAUUUUUUUAAAAGUAGAAAUCUCUUUCUAUAGAUUGUUUCAGUGUUUUUAAAGUAGAUAUCUCUUUCUAUAGAUUGAUUCAGUUUUUUAAAAGUAGAUAUCUCUUUCUAUAGAUUGAUACAGUUUUUUAAAAGUAGAUAUCUCUUUCUAUAGAUGGAUUCAGUUUUUUAAAAGUAGAUAUCUCUUUCUAUAGAUGGAUUCAUUUUUUUAAAAGUAGAUAUCUCUUUCUAUAGAUUGAUACAGUUUUUAAAAAGUAGAUAUCUCUUUCUAUAGAUUGAUUCAGUGUUUUAAAAGUAGAUAUCUCUUUCUAUAAAUUGAUUCAGUGUUUUAAAAGUAGAUAUCUCUUUCUAUAGAUUGAUUCAGUGUUUUAAAAGUAGAUAUCCCUUUCUAUAGAUUGAUUCAGUUUUUUUAAAAUAUAUUUCUAAUUUUUUUAUUUUGGCUUUAUUUUCUAUGUCCUUUCAAAUUUGAGUCAAAUAUGUUUGGUUUUCUUUUGCUUUUUUGGACCUUCAAUUUCCUUUCAAUUUUUAAACUCCCUUACUCCAUUUAAUAUACUGAAAAAAUUAACAGACAUUGAUCAUGAGAAUUUAUCACUAGUUCGUUGGUCAGAAAGUUGGCAUCACCUUGACAAACAUUUGAACUAAAUUGAUAGUUUAAAAAAAAAGUAUAGAACAGUCUACAGGGUGCUAAUCCCAUGGGGCUCAAAUGGGUCUUCUCUAUCCAGCUCCUCACCCCUAACUCUAAACCAUGUUACCAUGAAUGGGCAUCAUCAACACUACUCGUGAAGACCUAGAUCUAAAGCCUUCCUCAAUACUGCCCUGGUUAUUAUUAGGGCUAUCAGAGUAAAUAAAAACAGUGUCAGUGAGUUUGAUUUCAUCGUCCGAAAUGUUGAAAGUUUCACCUAUCACUAGCUAACUUCAAAAAUUAAAAAAUACAAACAAAUGAUCUUAUAAAAACAUCGUAGGACAGUUUACGAUUGUUUACAAAUAGUAAUAAUUAAUCUGAUUGGCUGUUACAAACACUGGCUAGCCAAUCUUGCGAUUGGAAUUAUCGUGGCCUAUAGAUCAGCCUUUCAUCAUUUUUCCUAACUGCACUGGGCCGAUAAUUCGGCAGCAUCAUCUCCUAAAGGUUAAUUCUUUCAUUCUUAUAAGGAGUCACAACCAGGGCAGUUUUUCUGUUUUUGGGGUGGGGGGGGGGAGUAUCUUGACCAUUUUACCUUUUUCUUUAAGUUCCAGAAGCUUAGGACUUUGUGGAAAUGUUCAAACAAAGUACACUAGUACCACUCCUAAUAAUGGUGUUGUCAUCAGCAAUUACAAAUGUAAGAACAAAGUCAGUUUGUCUUGACAUGAUGAUCCAAAUGGUGUAGUCUGUUUAUUUGUGCUUUUUAUGCAUGCACACCCUCACUGCUGUGCUGUUAAUUAUAAUUAGCAAGUUCAUUGAUAUAAAGAUUUCAUCUUAGUAGAGAUGAGUCAGACGUUCUAACUUUAACUGUUUAGAAUGAAUGGUUCUUACUUGAAACAGUUUGCCUUAGUAAGACAAUAUCAUGAUAAUGUAGGAUGGAAUUCCCUUAUAUGCUUCAACAUUCUUAGCUGCUAGAGUUUGAUCUUUAAAUAUGAGGAAUAUAGUAUUUCAGAAACAAACAAUAAUUGAGUCAUUCAUUUGAAAUACCAAUGUUCAAUUCCCAAUGCCAGUACUUGUGAGGCUUGUAGCCUCUAUUCUUGUGUGACAUUGGAUGUGUUUUGUUAGGUUCAUGGGGAAGGAGGGUAUUUAAUAUCCUGCUUAGGCUAAGAUACAGGAUAGAGGUACACAUAACAAGAAUUUAGAGAAGUAUGUUUUUUAAUAUUCAGUGCGAGUCUCUGUCUCUUGAACUAAAAUAAAAGAAAAGUAAGAACAAAUUACGGUAAAUAAUCAGCAAUUUCAUAGCAACUGUUCCAAAUGUUUACUGUGUUGCUUCAAACAGUUAUUGCAUCGUUUCCUGAAGCUUGAAUAACAUUUACGUACCACUUCUUGAUUGAUGUUUAUUAAUUCAUAGGAAAUUGCUUCUUCAAGUUUGUUGAGCAUUGUAUAAUUGUUAUGGAUUGCAUAAACUCAAACUUUGAUAUAACUCCAUAGCCAAAAGUUCAAUAUCGUGAGGUCUGGAGAUGUGGCCAUUCCUUUGGUCCUCUAUGACCAAUCCACCACUGUAAAAAAAUUUUAUCAAGCCAUUGUGGAAUACUGAAAUGAGGUGGAGCACCAUGGUUUGGAUUUAAAAAAAAAAAAAAAGAACAAAAUUUGCUAUGAGGUGUCUCAAACUCUGGGAUACUGUUACAUCAAUAGAAUAAAAUUAUUUGAAUAUAUGUAACAUCAGUAGAACGAAAUAAUUUUGUCGUUUUUAAUCUUACCGUGAUGGCAAGGGUUAAGCAUGAAGGAUACGGACCUUUGAUCCGUGGUGAGUUUGAAAUACGACCCUAAUAGAAAAUGUCUCCAUUUCUUGAUUGAAUCAAAUAUAGCCAUUGUUUCUUUCUCUACCGAGUAUUGACGUCUCUCGCUAAGAGAUAGUGUUCUGGAGAAGAAAUCAACUAGUCUUUUGUUCUGGGAUAAGGUAGCGGAUAUAGCGAUAUCCGAUGCAUCUGUUUCAACCUCCAGCGGCAUUUUGUGGUCUACAUUAGUGACAACUGCCUCUUCUAGUUCUUCUUUCAACGCUUGAAAUGUAUCUUUGACACUCUCUGGGAGUGGGGAAGUUCUGUUGUGUACCGGUACUAUAGGAUGGAUCUUAUCUGAGAAAUAUCCUAUCCAGUUGGCAUAGUAGGAGAAUAGACCUACAGCUCGUCUUUAUGCGUUUAGCUUCUCGGGUGGAGGAAGUGGACACAGGGGCAGUAGUCUGUCGGCCUCUGGCUUCAUCUUGUUGGUUUGUUUGACAUAGAGUCCGUUUAGUGUAAUUACAGCAGUUUCAAAAUCGGUACAGUCAGAUAUCGAUUCAUACACACCAUGUGAGAUAAAGUUACAGAGUAGAUCGAACUUCUCACCUUCUGGCACAGCUAGUUUUAAUGCAAAUUUUUCGAAUGUGUGAAUCCAGUGCUUCCCGGUCCUUUGAGCGUCUGAAUCAUUAGGAUCCACCACCAAUUUUUCAGGUUUUAGUAAACGAUCCAUACUUGAAGCACGAUUAAUCCACAAGAUUCUUGUACGAUAAAUUGUAAUAACCUACUAAAACACUGGAAGCGCGGUGGCUGAGCGGUAAAGCACUUGGCUACCGAACCGGGGUUCGAAUCCUGGUGAACACUGGGAUUUUUAAUUUCGGGAUCUUCGUGGAGUCCACCCAGCUCUAAUGGGUACGUGACAUUAGGCGGUUGGUCGUUGUGCUGGCCACAUGAUACCCUCGUUAAGCUUAGGCCACAGAAUCAUCUGCCCUAUAGACCACAAGGUCUGAAAGGGGAACUUUACUUUUUUUUUACUUUGACUAAAACACUACAGGAAGACCUGUCUUGAUCCUAGGCUUUAUUGUACAAGAAUGACAAAACAGUUCAAAACAAAUCAGUUGGUUGUACUUCGUCUAGUACAUCUAGUUAUACUUGCUAAUCAGUUGUACUAUUACUAUGUGGAAUAGGUCUUAGACCAGACUUGGUAUAGUAGACUGUUCUGCAGACAAUGACAAGUACUAUAGAUAUAGUACCUGGACCGGACGAAGCCCACAGGUGUCAGGGUUCACUUUAGGCUUGGCUGGACUUGGUUCCUGUGGCUCGAUAGGGGUUUGAUAAUUGUUGUACAAUUAGGAACAAUUACUACUAAAUAUAUUUAACUCCAACUCCAGAAUAACACUAACUCCAUGGAAUAAUAAUGGUACUUUACUACUUAGUAAUCAAAAAGAGCACAAAUAGUGACACCAACUUCAAUGUAUAUUUUAUACAUACAACACCAGCCCAGGAACAGAAUACAACUAACGAACUACCAAUUUCACUCUAUCAACCAACGGAAACCCCCAUACAAAGACAUCACGUGUAUACUGUUCACAUUCAUGCCUUGGGGGGGGGGGAGAAGAAAUAAACAAAGGAAUAUAACUCACUUAAACAUACUUAAAUAGUACAAAGAAAUAACACAAUCACUCUCACCAUACCUGCCCCUGACAAAUAACACAGUACACACACACAAGAUGACCUGGACACCAAGUUAAAAUUUGAAAUAAAUAACUUCAUAUAUAUUCGUCAAAAGCUAGUAGAAGUGCAUUGUAAUUUAAAAAAAACCAACAACUUGGCAUUAAGAAUAGUACUCCACGUUCAUAGUCUGAACAAUGGAAUAAUAAAUAUCCAAUACUUACUAGCAAAUCACUUCACUAGGCACAUAGGUGAUUCCCUUCUCAUGACUAAAUCACUUCACAAGGCAUAUCGGUCCUUCCCUUCUCAUGACUAAAUCACUUCACAAGGCAUAUCGGUCCUUCCCUUCUCAUGACUAAAUCACUUCACUAGGCAUAUAGGUCCUUCCCUUCUCAUGACUAAAUCACUUCACUAGGCAUAUAGGUCCUUCCCUUCUCAUGACUAAAUCACUUCACUAGGCAUAUAGGUCCUUCCCUUCUCAUGACUAAGUUACAACUCUCUAUCACACUUUCACUUUCUCACCUCGUUCUUUAAGCACAAGUUUGGUCUACUAGGUUUUCUCCCAUAUACUUAUUCAUAAGGGAUAAAUUUAUUUUCUUUUUUUUUCUGGGUCUUAUAUUCUACCGAUGUGUAGAGAAGGAGCUUGCACAUGUAUCCAAUGACCUAUUGUUACAAAAUCUCUAUUGGAAUUGAACAGAUUUUUUUUAGGAAUCAAAUUUCUUUUCCUUGCAUGCAGUUUCCAUUUACACAAACACUUGUGCUGGCAUCUAACCCUUCCAGCGUAUCUCUAGCUAUGUUCACCAUGCCUCAGAGCAGAAACAUGAAACUGGAUUCUUUUAUUAAUAACUAAUACAAAAGCUCCAUCAUAGCAAUUGAUCUACAUGUCAACUCUGCUUUAGUACCGCUAGUUUUUUGCCCAUUUUUUAAAAAUAAGUUUUGAGUUGUGCCACUGUCAUAGAGUGAAAGUCUAAAGCUUCCUUCAUGAUGAGUUUUUGUGUGUGCAAAAAAACAACAACGGAAGAGCUAGGACAAUUGAAUUCUUUUGAGCUUAAAAGUUCACCCCAAUGUUCAAUUAGCUUUUACAAAAACCUACCUUAUCAACCCUUCCUAUAUUUGGUACGCCAGGUACACUGACUAUUUAUAAGAGUGAAUACAAAUCUCCACUAUAAAUGUCAGUUCAUUCUCAUUUCUAAAUUAAAACUCUCUCAAAAUCACUCUUUCACUUUUUCUUCCAGACUUUUCCUCGUUCUUCAAGCAGGUGGGUCAAAAGUCAAAACAUCUCACAGUGCGGUCACAAUGAGGCUGUGACAUACGCCCUCUCAAAUGAAACAAUAUGUACCAUUCAUAAGUAGAAGUAACAUAUUUUUAAAAAAUUAAAACUUGACUUUCAUAUACCAAUAUGUAUCAAAUAUUAUCAAUAUUAAAUCAAAACUGAUAUAAUAAUCAUUCACAUUACUCAUUGGUAUAAAUAUGUCCAAUGACAAAUUGUGGUUGGUGAGAUCAAUAAAAAGUUGUACUCAAAGAAAUCAAAGUAUUUCAAAUGAAAAAUGUGUCAGUUGAGUUUUACAAUAUCAUCAUUUACAUAGUAUUAAUUGAUUCAGAUGAAUAUUAUUAAAUGUGAGAAAUCAUAUCAUUAUUAUUCUAUCAUACUUGUAAAUAAAUUGAAGUGAUGUAACAAAAGGUUUAAGUUUAAUUAAGUCAAAUUCAAGAGAGUAAUAUCCAAUUUCUCUUUUAAAAAAAUGAUUAUUUACAUUUGUUUACAAUAGCAAUAAUUCAAUAAAUAAUGAAUCUGCUAUCAUUGCUUUCAGAAAAUAUGCAAUAUGUCAAUAUAAAAUUGAAUGAGAUGUCAAUAGUAUAGAAAUUAUGUCUAAGUCCUCCAUAGCACAAUAGUAUGAGAACAAAUCUCAUAUUUUGUUUACACAUGUAAAAAAAUCAAGGUUGAUUGUAGUACUAUGAGGGAUUAUGGGCGCGACAUGGCCUAAAUUGUGCCAAAAAAAAAAAAUCAAAUAUCUCCUACUUGAAGUUCUCGCAAUUUUCUGUUUUAUUUUUGAUAAAUUUAUGUCUCUCUAGAUUCUUGUCAAUGUUAGAGAAAUUCUUAUUGCUUGCCUUAACUGUUGUUUUGUAUCUUCAAUCCAUGGAUAGUUGUCCCAAUCUAGCAUGGUAUCUGCCCAAAGUUGCAGGGGGCCUCUUGUUUUUGUUCCAAACACACAAGUUCAUAUAGCGAGAAUCGUUUUGUUUCAUUAUGAUGGUGUUACAUGCGAAUAAUAAAUAACUGACUGUUUGGUCCCAGCUAAUCCAUACCAUCAUUUUCUAGCUUAUAAAUCAUCUUGCGCAGGGCACACGACGAAGAGAAGGACCAAAAAGAACGUGACAACGCAGUGCACUAGAUGAAGCCAAGAAGACAGGAAUGAGCUGGGAAGCCAUUAAAAAACUAGCAAGAGACCGUAGAGAGUAGCGUGUUUUUACUGAGGGUCUAUUGUAAUAGACAACCUCAAAACAAGUCUCAAUAACACAUUGAUUUAUUAGUCUUCUGUUUAUCUCCUUCACUCCAGCAUCUUGUCAUUCUUAGGCUCUACAUUUAGAUGGCUUCAGUUGGAUGACUUUCAUUUGUGCUAGAUCAAUAACUUUCUGAGUCUAUCUGUCCUGCUCUUCUAUCGUUCUACCUGCUAACAAUAUUUCGUCCAUGUAGGUCUCAACCCUUUGUAUAGUGUCGAAAACUCGGUGAAAUCUUUUUGCUAAUACUUCUGCAGAAGAGUUUAGCCCAAAUGCUAGUCGAAGGAACUUAUAUCGACCAAAAGGUGUGUUGAAAGUUGUGAGAUCUGUACAUUUCUUGUCUAAUUCAAUUGGCAAAAAAGCAGAGUUGGCAUCUGAUACUGUAAACACUUGACUGCCAUUUAGUCGGCUAGCUAUUUUUUCAAUAGUUGGUAAUGGGUAAUAUUCUCUUUGUAUGGCUUUGUUGAGAUCUCUAGGGUCUAGACCAAUGGUUCCCAAACUUUUUUGUCUCGUAGACCCCUUACAAUGUUUUCUGGUUUUCGGUAGACCCCCUGCUUAACUUAUUUUGCAAUUUAAAAAAAAAAUUCUAACUGUAGUGAGUCGAAGAGUGAAAAAGUAAUUUAAAGCUGCAUUUCAAGUUAUAGAGAUUUUAUUGAUAAAAUUCAAACUUAAACCACUUAAAAUAACAAAUAUUACUGGAAUCACCAAACACACUGGAAAUGUUCUUUUUUCAGGAUUGAUCAUCCAUUGCUAGGGACAUUAUGUUUCUCAUAGGACUUUGUUCUAUGAAGUAUUCCUUCAAACAUUAAAUAUUAAUUGAUUAAAUAGCCAUAAGUAUCAUUUAAACAUGUUCGCAAAGAGUGUAUUUCUUGAACUUUUACGUGCGGCUCUACUAUUGGGUCUGUGGAACAGUUUUCACUUACAGAAGAAGAGGCGAAGGCGAGUAACUGUCACCUAAACCAGUAAGCUUCCGACAGGAAGGGUUCAUUAGCCAUGGCUGGCUACACACCUAUGAGAAGGAAGACUCUGAAUUCAAACCUCUGCUGCCUUGCAGCUAUAUCCAAUCAUGGAAAAGGCUUCGGGAGUCAACCCUGAGGAAAAAUAAGAAGCUGGUGACCCUUAGUUUGCGACACACUGCACUAAACUCUGUCAGAACCUACAACGCUGCUGAUCCCAAAUAAUCAACGCUUUUCAAUCUACAUUUCGCUUUGUUCAACAUUAGUUACAUUUAGACAAAAUGAAGCUAUUUAAAUAUUUUGUUUUAUUUGAAUAGCAGGAUAAAUAGGCUAUUAAAAGGAUUAACUAAGAUACAGAUCAUUUAUUAGUUUAUGAAAUAAUUACAUUAAUGGGAUGGGAAAAAUAAUGUCACGACCUGCUUAUAUGAAAUCCAUUAUCGUAGGACCCCCGUGGAAAUCUAAUAGACCCCCAAUGUAUUUUUUCACUUUCGUUGACCCCUUGAAAGUCUUCGUAGACCCCUGGGGGUCUAUUAUCUAUAUAGACCACUUUGGGAAUCACUGGUCUAUACAAACCCUCCUUUCUUUUCUACAAUAACUAGUGAGUUGACCAAUACACUGGGAUGAUCUACUAUUUCUAAGACACUAUGUUCUUACCUAUCUCUUUCUAGUUACUUACCAGCUACACCCAUUACAUUCUCUCUCAGGGGAUUAAUUGAUCCACACCUCUUUGUAUAAAACAUUCCUAGGCAAGAGGAUGAUCAGGCUGUCAGGUGAACUUACUCUGGAGCAUGCAAUGUGUUUUAGUGUUAUUACACCCCAACCCUGUAAGCUUACCCUUGUUAUUAGGUAGGUAUUGUAACGGAUGCAUGUGUAAACCAAAUGUAGCUGAAGUAUUUCUAGAAGAUGCUUAAUUAGACUAAGUACGUGCGUACCUUGUUUGAUGUAUUUUAAUCGCGAGUUCUUGAAGCAUGCACAACGUCACAAAUAUAGAUAAGGUACUUACAGGAACACAAGACUCAAUGACCAAGUUGACUCAAUGUGAACUUCAAACAAACGUUUAUUACAGAAUGGGUCACAGUCUAGUCUGUCACUAAUAACGAUGUUAUCCCCUCAAGAGUCUAGCAGUAACUGAUUAAUAAUGGUCUAUUCUAAUCUCUAACCCAAAGUCUAUGUGGUCACUAUAAAAUGUACGUUCACUGUCGGUCUAGUAAAGUGCACAACCCAACUAACUCAACUAGCUAGCUAACAAUAUCUACUAUCGUCUGCAUUCCACUUACCUCAUUUUCCUAAUCAUACGUUUUUAAAUUGACUUGUUUUUUUAUAUUUUUGUGUAUUCAAUAAAUAAGUUACAAAACCAUUGUGAAAUAUUCAUCAUUCAUCUGCCUAUAAAUCUUCUCCGAUACAUUUUUUAGGAUUCUAUCCUUGAUUAUGAGAUCUUUAAUCUCAUCCACCGUAUUACCGACCUCGGCCAUCUUGCACCAAUUGUCCAACGCGGUUCUUAAUUCCGUCACUUCUUAAUUCCGUCACGUACCCCCCGUUUUGACGUCGCGGCUGGUGUCCGCGUUAGUGUCUGUGUCGCGAAGAAUUGCCGUUUUGACGUCGCGGCUGGUGUCCGCGUUAAUGUCUGUCGCGAAGCAUUGACGUUGCGGCUGGAGUCCGCGUUAAUGUCUGUGUCGCGAAGAAUUGCCGUUUUGACGUUCUCGUACUUGUCGCUAAGGAACAGUCUGUCUCUUGACCUACAAUGUGUAAGUGAGCUGGUCCAUUUAUAAAAUAACAGCAAGCACCACACUUUUGUUUUUCUAAUUUUGCAUCUCGCCGCGAAGGUUUCAACAGUGCUUCAGGUACGCUAGAACGUCGUCGUCUUCCUUCAUACUGUUGUGGCGGUGAUGUCGUCAAUAUAUCUCACACUCUGGCCUUGCGAUUCGCUAACACUCAGCGCACAUAUACAUUUAGAAAAUAACUUGAUAAAGCUUGUUCAGCUUAAAAUAUGCCUGUAUUUCCUAAAGAAAGGGGUUCAGUCCAAUGUCACCAGUUCCUAAUACAAACAACGUCUUGCCUAAGCUAGAAGAGUGCGUUUCCAACUGCCAUUACUAUCCCAGAACUAUUUCCGUCCAAAAUAAUGUGCAAUUAAAAGUCGCGUCUUUGUCCUUUGUCUUUGAAAUUAGGUAUUUUCAAUAUAUCAGCCUGUGUGUGACGAUACGAAACUUGAGUUUUCCCGGCAAACCGUGAGAAACAUUUAGUUUUAACUUUACCCAUUAUUUUCUUGUCCACCCAUAACUAAAUUAUUCUAUAGUUUAUCUCCCCCCCCCCCCCAAGACAAAGGUACUGGCUCUCACGGGACGAAACUCGACUUAAAACAUAAACUAGCUUCUGUAGGGCUAAGUUUUAAUCAUUAUUUUUAUUAUUUUUUCAAUGGCUAAUCUCUCCUUUUCUUUUUCAUGGCAAAUCUCUCCUUUUCUUUUUCUCUUUCCAUUGCUAAUCUUUUCUCUUUCUAUUCUCUCUCUUAUUGGUUAAUCUCUCUCUUUCCAUCAACCUUUCUUGAACAUAGUUCUUUAGUUCCGAUCCUUCAAGAUCCAACAACCUCCCCUCUUCCUUUAAUGCUGCUAGCUCAGCUUUGUCCGCCAUUGUCUAUUACCAAUAAUACACUGUCAUUAGAUCUAUUGACAGGAGAUCGACUAUGUACAGCUGAAUACGUGGGUUUCACCUUUCCGUUGGGCGCCACUUGUUACGAGCCGAUGAGACUCAUCUAAAAUAGAUUAUGAAGACUUUAAUCUAAAUUAACAAACAAUAAUAAGUCAAUGACAUUACGCCAUUUUUAGGAUCGCCCUCUCCCUAUCUAGUCUCUUCUUCUUUCAACACGCAUGCGCAGCAUUCCACCUUCACAGUCACACACCUUGCCGCACAGAUCUUGAUUGUGUGUCAUUCACUUGAGAGAAUUGGAUGUAAGUGCUGCUUUGAUCUAGUUUGUCUGAAUUCAUUAAGUGGGACCAGCAGCAUUGAAACUACUAAUGGCUAGCUCUGUAGUGGCUAAUCUGUCCCAGACAGGCUUAAGUAGUCCUGCAAAGGAGUCCAAGUUAACACCCUCGCCAUAUGUAGCAACAUAUUGUUGCAUCAGACCAGGCUGCUUUUAAGGCUCCGGAAAUUGAUCCAGCGGCUACAUGAGGUGUUCUGGAAUGUGGUAAUAGACAGUAUAAUAUACUUUUAUUCUCUGAGCCAAUGAAGGGUUUCUCUAAAAGUGAUGUAUGGCUGGAGUGGCCAUCCACUAAGAGAAGGACGGGUUGGGGGAGAUACUUAGUGGAGGGAAUAAAUUCUUCUUUAAUCCAGGUGUAAACAAUAGCAGUGUUGGACACUUGGAGCAGUGGGAAAUUCUGUUCAAAGAUUGUUCCUGGGAAUCUUCUUGUGUGGGUAAAUAAGAGGGGGGGGGGGAGUGUACUGCCCUGCUGCACGCCAAGACUGUCACUUGCAUCUUCGUGUCAGACGUAACUUUAGAAAAAUUGGACCCCUUGCCUGCCACCACUUUUCUGCUAUGUGGGUCAAACGAGAAGCCCGAUUCAUCUCCUUUAAUAGCCUACUUGGCUACUGAACAUAGUAGAACAUAUGUUGUUUAUACAUUCCAUGUAUUUUUUGAACCAAUUUUCCACCUUCAGUGGGGGAAAUAACAGCACUUUCCCUGCCAAGGGACAUUGGUGUUCUUAAAGCUAGUUGGGGAUACCUUUUUAAAAAUCUACUUAACCACUGCCUGGUGGGUUGUUGAGACUCUGCACUGGAUUCUUUGUCUUUAUUACGUAAAUCUCCAUCCCUGAUAGCUAUCAUAGCAGUGGCUGUCUUUAAAAUCUCUUUCUUGGAUCUUCCAAAUCCACACUUGCCCAUGUUGAUGAGCUAUUCAGUCCACCUAUCUUCGUCUUCAUUAGUGAGAAGUCUGUUCGUUACUACCAAUGGCCGCUUUCCAAUCUUUGUAGUAUACAGUUGACUGAGUGCUACAUUAAAUCUCUGAGCUGCUUUUCCAUUUCCUUUUAUAAUUAAUAAAAGCGCCGCGAUAAAAAAUACGAAGGGGUGUUUACAAAUCGUGCACCCACACUUGGAGAUUUGCGUUGUCUGGACACAGUGUAGUACUUCAGGUCACAGUACUGUUAUCUUUUCACCCACACUUGGAGAUUUGCGUUGUCUGGACACAGCGUGUUACUUCAGGUCUCAGUACUGUUAUCUUUUCACCCACACUUGGAGAUUUGCGUUGUCUGGACACAGUGUAUUACCACAGGUUACAGUACUUAUGGUUUGGUUUAAGUCUCUACAAUCACAAGUGUCAGGGUUGUGUUAAGGCCUUAGCUUGUUUACCCGGGCCCCUGACAUUCAACAAGCACCUUCGUGCUUACAAAUAAAUUAGUAUUUCACUGUUGACAAUGUAGUUGUUUAAUGAUAUGACUAUAAGUUAUGAUGACAACUGAUGAGGUAAUGACAUUGCAUUUGAAACAUUCUAAUAUUGUGGAUAUAUUAAUUAAACAGUAAUUCCACACCUUUCUGUCCGACAACGUGACACAUAAAUGCUCGCAAUCACACAAAAACACAUUGCUGAAUCUAGUAUUUAGUGUAGAACUCCAAUCCCAUACUAACUCCCCUAAACAGGGAAACACAGAAGAAUCUCAAAGAAAACGUUUCACCAGCAUAAUAACAAAAACACUCCAUCAGCUUACAAGCAAGGCAACAAAAAAAAAAAAAAAAAAACCA